AUGCAGUCAUCCAGUGCCGGGUCCAAAAUAUCGCCGCUGAGGUCUGUUCUUCCACAAUUCGUUCCCAUCACACCUGAUUCCGUGAGAACAUCAGUGGAGCGGUACCAUCAGAAAAGAAUUCGCGAAAAACGGUCAAAAGACCUUAAAAGAGAAUGGCAACUGAAGCGAAAAAAAUGGUCCCUAAACAACGCAAAUUCUGACGGUGAAAAGGCAGAGGUUGAAAGGGUAGCUUUUAGGAAUUUAGGAUUUUGCCCUCACGGCGAAGAAGCGGUCCCCUCUGUUGAUGAUAAUGAUGAUUUCAAGAUCCCUCAAAGGGCGAACCCAAUGCUGGCCUCGGGGAAGAAACUCGUGCCUCCUUUAUCCAAUGGGUUCUGCACAAAGCGGCACACUGGGACACCAUUGCAGGAAGUGGAUCCUUUUUAUCUUAACAAAAGGAGCUUCGUCGUGAUAGGUGGAGACAAAACAAUUUACCGACUCAGUUUGGCCCCAUCGCUGUUCCUCUUCGGUCCAUUUAAUCCGAUCCGUCGAGUGGCUAUCUACGCCAUGGUUCAUCCAUAUCCUUCUAAAGUUUUUGAUUAA